GGAGUUGCAACUCACAGUUCUCCUUUUCCUCUUCGGUCGUCCCGCUUUUCCUCUCGCCCGAUCUCGGAUUCGCGGUGCUUACACCCCGACAUUUCGUGCCUAUUUCGAGAAAUCAUCGUCUGCUAGGGAAAAAAAAAGUGAGAGGUCGACAGGUUGAGGGACGGAGUAGGAGGAGAAGCAGCAGGGGAGGAAAGGUUGGGGGAUGGGGACGUGCGUGUCGCGGCCGGAUAGGUGCGUCGGAGGCCGGCGGAGGUCGCCGGACGGGCCGCGAAGGCGGAGGCGGCGAACGAUCAGGAGGCGGGCAGCGUCGCGGAAGUCGAUGGAGACGAUCGACGAGGCGCUGGGCUUCGAAGGGGACGAUCCGAUGGCAUUCAGCAACCCCGCGUUCCAAGGGAUCUGAAUUGCAGUUAUGACGACGGCCGGGAGUGUUGAGGAAACAUGGUUUGACACUUUUUCUGUGAUAGACUCCGAUGAGGAAGACUUCAAGAGUAUUCCGGAUGAUAUUCUCUCUCUAAAUGGUAUUGAAGGCGAAGCCAUUGUGAGCCCCAAAGCUUUUAGAGAUGAUAAUCUUGGAGUUACUGGUCCCGAUAAUUUAUGUAUCAUUUCUAUGGACCAACAGAAGGGGCAAAGAACAGGAGAGCAGUCUUUGAUGAACUCGGUUAGUAAUCCAAAAUCAUUUGUGAGUCAUGAGGAUCUAUCGGUUAUUUCCAUGCAGGAGAAUGAUUGUGGGGAAGAAGAGAGUGUACUGAACAACUGUGGGAUCCUUCCCAAUAAUUGCUUGCCGUGUCUAGUUGUUGCCACAUCAACAGUGGAAAAAAGGAAAGCCAUAGGCUCCAGUCCACCAAACUCAGCUAAAAAGGCUUCUUUGAAGCUUUCCUUCAAGCGGAAAUCUGGGGAAGCUCAUGCUACUUCAACACAAUUUUCUACAAAGGCCAUGAUUGAGAAGCCACUAGCAGGAUCUCAAGUCCAAUUCUGUGCACUGGAGAAGAAAAUGCUCGACUCUUGGUCACCUAUUGAGCCCAACACUUUUAGAGUGCGAGGGGAACAUUACUUAAGGGAUAAAAAGAAAGAUUUGGCUUCAAAUUGUGCGGUAUAUUCUCCAUUUGGUGUUGAUGUGUACUUCCGUCAGCAAAAAAUUAAUCACAUUGCUCGAUAUGUGCAACUUCCAAUUGUAAAUUCACUCGGCAAGUUGCCACCUCUGCUUGUAGUGAAUGUACAGGUUCCCCUCUAUCCUGCAACUAUUUUUCAGAGUGAAACUGAUGGUGAAGGAAUAAGCUUUGUGUUAUAUUUUCGUCUCUCAGAAGGCUCCAAGGAACUUCCAUCUCAUUUCUUGGAGAAUGUUCAAAGGCUAAUUGAUGAUGAAGUAGAAAGGUGCAGAGGUUUCCCUAUGGAUUCAGUAGUGCCCUUCAGAGAUAGGUUAAAGAUACUUGGUCGUGUAGCAAAUGUGGAGGAUCUUCCUUUAAGCACAGCAGAGCGGAAGCUUAUGCAUGCAUACAAUGAGAAGCCAGUGUUAUCUCGACCUCAGCAUGAAUUCUACCUGGGCAAGAAUUACUUCGAGAUAGAUAUUGACAUGCAUAGAUUCAGUUACAUUGCAAGGAAAGGGUUUGAAACCUUUAUUGAUCGUCUGAAGAUCUGUAUCUUGGAUGUUGGCCUAACAAUACAGGGAAACAAGCCAGAAGACUUGCCAGAGCAUAUAUUAUGCUGCGUGCGGUUGAACGGGAUCAACUAUUCCAAUUACCUUCAACUCGCAAUACAUUGACCUCGAGUUCCAAGAAAUCCAUAUCCACUUUGGCGUUAGAUCCCCUAUGGCCACAUUUCCAGGGGGAACUUGAAUAGCAAAGGAUGAACAAAAGGAAGAGAGUGCUCGAAGCACUGACUGAUAGACACACACAAAAGACUAAUCCAAUUCUUUAAAAGAGUCCUCUUGAAUCUUUACUAAAUAGCAAAUUGCAUUAGAGGAGUAUUUCAUGAAUCGACUGGUAGAUUGGCGGUCGAUAUGCUGCUACCCAGAAAAUGAGUUGCAGGUUGAGAGCCAUGGACAGUUGUAGCUUCUGUUGUUGCAUCUGCAAAACUUUAUGCAUAGCUUUGUUUGGUCGAUGGAGAGGAAGGCAUCCGCUGUGCUUCCUCUCCAAAUAUAGACAAAAUCUUCAUUGUAUUGCCAUAUUUGGAUUAUGCUUCAAGUUCAAAAGUUCAAAUGGAGGUGGUAUCUUUAACUCGUUGAAAA